GUGCAUUGUACAACUCCAGCUGACACAGUAAACAAACCCCAGGAGAGACAGGAGUUUCUCUUAUUUUAUCAAUUAUUCCUAGAGGACAUGCACUAGUAUGUUCCAGGGAAGGAAGGAUGAUAAGGACAAGCGUCCUAGGAGAGGAGGAGGCCUAGCACAGCUUGGACUGAUGGAUGUGCCAGGCAUUGAUGACAUGUAUGAUGAGAACGACGCUGACCUUGAAGCAGAGCUGCUCGCUCUCACUGGUGGCGGAGGGCGCAAACCACCUCAGAAAGGCAAGACUGUAGUGUCUCCGGACCAGCUAGCCAAGAUGGUUGCUGACUGUAUGAGAGACGACUUUGAUGAUCAAGAUUUUGUAGAUGAAGAGGAUCCAGAGUUAUUGGCGGAAUUAUCUGCUCUUAGCCCAUUAGAUGAUGACGAUAUGAGCACCCAACCAGCUCCUACGGUUCCUACUAGGCCCGCUCCAACUGUUCCAAAUCGUCCAUCUCCUGUCAGUGAUUAUCGUAAUCCUGAACCCAUGGCUCCCAGGCAGGCACCCAUGUCUGGUGGUGGUAAUCUUCUUGGUUUACUGGCAGAGAGAAUUUCUAUGUAUGAACAGGCAGAAGCAAAUGCCAAGGCAAUUGGAGAUACUUCUAGGGCUCGAAGAUUCAAUCGAGGGCUGAAAACGCUGAAUCAGAUGCAGAAGGCUGUGAAGGCAGGUCGUCCUAUUGAAGAGACUGAGAUCCCUCCAGCUGUUGUUAUUAAAAUGAGUGGCGGUAGCACUGGAGGAUCAGCAAACACAUCUUCUACUGCUUCUCCUGCAGCUUCAUCACCACUGGAUGAGUGUGGUCCACCUCCAAGAGAAACCCUUCCUGCUUCUAUACCUCAUGAUGUUGUUUUCCAAGACCAGUCUAAGCCUAGACCAGAACCUGCACCGAGAUCAAAUCCAGAGAAGCGGCCAUCUCCUGUUCACGAGGGCAGCCCAUCACCAGGAGUGCCACUACAGAGAACUACAUCAUCAUCCGGACCUCCACUCCACCGGACUAUUUCAUCAUCUGGACCUCCACUCCAGCGAACAUGUUCAUCGUCAGAUCCUGCUAAUAUUAUCCGAAGUCUUCACAGCGAAUAUAAAAUGGCAGCACUUGCAUCAAAGAAGCAAGGAGAUAAAGAAAGGGCUAUUCAGUACAUGAAAAUUAUGAAACAGAUGGAACCAAUGCUUAGAGCUGCUGAGGGUGGUCAGGCAGUUGACCUGGCCACUUUACCUGGACCCCCUGGUACUCACAUUACUCAACCAGCAGUUCAAGAAACAAAACCUGUUACACACCCCACAGCUCGUGAACCAAACAUUGCAAUAAGUUCUGCAGUACUUGAGCCUCCAAGUGGUACACCAGUAGAGUCAGUCAGUCCAGUGGGCAAUAUUGACUCUGCCCCUACUGGACCACCACCCCCCUCCACAGUCCUUGAGGCUCUGGAGCAGAGAUUAGCAAAGUAUGUUGAACAGCGAGAAAAAGCAAAGAAAGAGGAAAAUUCUCGUAAAGAACGUAUGAACCAACGCAUUAUAAAACAGUAUGAAGAUGCCAUUAAGAAACACAAAACUGGGAAACCUGUAGUCUUCGAUGAACUUCCUACUCCACCUGGCUUUCCUCCUAUUCCUGUUGGUGGCAGUACAGCAGACCCUGCUGCUCUUGCUCCUGCUCCUGCUCCUGUUCCUGCUCCUGUUCCUGUUCCUGCAUCUGCUGUGGAGGAUAACAGGGAUAAUACAGCAGGGCCUCCUCCAAAACAACUUAGAACAGCACAACCAGCUGCUGCACAGCCACCUGCCGCUGCUCCAAAGCCAACCCCGCCAGUUAAUGUGAGACAAGCUCCUCAGUCUAGAGUGGAAAAACAGCUUGCAUUCCUUACUAAAAGACAAACACUGUUCAAGCAAGCAGCCCUUGAGGCCAAGAAACGUGGAGAGAUUGAGCAAGCUAAGGAAUACCUCCGUAUGAGCAAAGGCUUCGACCAGCUCAUUGAAGCAACUCGUGGUGGACUGCCAGUUGAUAUGAACACGGUACCUGUCCCUCCUCAAGAACAGAUUCCUCCAACUGGCAUUGAUUUUGAGUUUGUGAGUGCAGAUGACUGUGUCGUUGCUCCGACCAGUACAAGUGCCGACAUUGCCAUCACUUACACAAAACUUGAAGAGGAUCUUGUUGCUCAGAUAAAAAUGUGUGCUCAAACUCGGGAACACUUCAAAGCUACUGGUGAUGUGACAAGUUCAAAUCGAUUUGAACAAUUAAUCCUCCACACUAAAAAAGAUUUGGAUGCAGUUCGAGCAGCUUUUAAAAGAGGAGAUACUCCUCCAAGGUUCCACUAUGAAAAUAGGUCUUUUAAUAUUAUUCAAUGCAACACAGACUUGAAUGAUUCAGACUGUGAAGUUUCCAUUGUGCGAGGGAUUAACUUCAAUGUUCAAAACCCCACUGAUGUUGACACAUACCUUAAGAUAGAGUUCCCAUAUCCCACAGAUAGCCCUCCUCAAGAUCGCAGUUAUGUGGUGAAGGAUACUAAUAACCCAGAAUACAACCACAAAAUUGUUUUCAGCAUAGAUCGUAAAUCUCGGGCUUUAGCUCGAGUCUUCAAAAGACAUGCUCUCAAGGUGCAAGUUUAUGCUAAAGGGGGCUGGUUCCAUCGUGACACACUCUUAGGAGGUGUUAAAGUACCUUUGGUGACUUUAGAAACAAAAUGUACCUUACACGAGUCUUAUGAUCUUAUAGACGAGAGGAAACGCAUGGUGGGAGGAAAGUUGGAAGUCAAAAUUCGUGUGAGGAAUCCCAUAGUCGCCAAGCAACUCGAGAAAGUCACAGAAAAAUGGUUGGUUAUUGAUGGUUUUUAACAAUAAGAUAUAUAUAAAUAUGUACAGUAAGAUAUUACACUUUAUUGAAUGUAAAAAAGAAAAAAGCUAGUUCCUGUUUUUUGCUUUGCCAUGACCAUUAUAGUGCUGAGGAAUGUCAGUGUAUAUAAUGCUAUAUUAUAACCAGGAAUAUCCCUAGUGGUAACAUUUAAGUAAUUGUAUCAGUUUAAAAUUUGUUCACAUAUUUUAUUGGGAAAUUAUCACAAAUGGUGUAAUUUGUCUUGUGUUCAAAAUCAAAUAAUUUUUCUCUUAGUCGUUAAAUGGCCAAAUGGGUUGUAUUAGACAACUUUGUGUACAUGUAAACAAAAAAAAAACUUUUCGUUACAGAAUUUUAACUUCAAUGUCUUUAUACUCGGAUGUGAAAUACUCUAUAUAGGUUUUUUUUUUUUUUUUUUUUUUUUUAAACUGACUGUUCAAGAAAAUAUAUUUUAACUGUCGGAAUUUAUAUUAGUUUGUAAAAGAAAUAAUUUAAGAUAUAGAAACGAAUAAUUUGAUAUUAAUACAUAACUGACUAGUUAUCACUUACAUAUAGUGUUAAGGCCAAACAAUUUUGUUGGACAUGUCCAUUUAGGUAACGAAUAUUAACAUUGGAUUAGUCAGUUUAUACAUGUCUAGUGUUAUACUGUAAAGGGGUUUUGAUUGUGAUACUACAGUAUAAUACAUAUCACUUCAUUAAAAUAUUUAGAGGCUAGAGUUCAAAACCUUAUUUUGAAUACAAUAUAGGCUUUUAGCUUUGGUCUGAAAGUCUACUUUCAAGUGCCUGCAUCUACAUUUGUUCAUAGGUAUAAUAAUGUUCUCAACUUCAGUGUUUAAUUAAUCUUUGUGCAUUUACACUAUCUGAUAAGCACAUACUGUACUCCAUAAUUUGUAUCAAUACAGCUUCCAGCAGGCUUGUCUUUUUUUCUACCCCCACAUUUCUACAAUUCAACAUAA